GGCAGGAGGGUGCGCUGGGGCCGCCUCCGCCACCGCCCGCCGGUGCCGCCGCCGUGUGACUGGAAGCGCGCAGCCCCGAGCGGCCGCGGGGCGCCGGGCCUGAGCCGGCGGGCGUCGGCACCCUGCCCCCGCGGGACGGGGCCUGCUGGGCCCGGCCCGGCCCGCCGCUCCCUCCCCGCCCGCCGGGGUCCCUGCCGGCAGCGACGAUGUUUUCUCUCAAGCAGCCCAAACCCACCUUCAAGUCCUACCUUCUGCCGCUGCCUCAGGCUGAAGACCAUAUAGCAUCAGAACCAAGGAUUAAAAAACUGGAACCAGUACUUUUGCCAGGUGAAAUUGUGGUAAAUGAAGUAAAUUUUGUGAGAAAAUGCAUUGCAACAGAUACAAGUCAGUAUGACCUGUGGGGCAAACUGGUUUGCACUAACUUCAAGAUUUCCUUCAUUACGGAUGACCCAAUGCCACUACAGAAAUUCCAUUAUAAAAACCUCCUCCUUGGUGAACACGAUGUCCCACUAACAUGCAUUGAGCAGAUUGUCACAGUGAAUGACACCAAGAGGAAGCAGAAGGUCCUUGGUCCCAACCAAAAACUUAAAUUUAAUCCAACUGAAUUAAUAAUUUAUUGCAAAGACUUCCGUAUUGUCAGAUUUCGUUUUGAUGAAGCGGGUCCCGAAAGCGCAAAAAAGGUGUGCCUUGCAAUAGCCCAUUAUUCUCAGCCAACAGAUCUUCAGCUUCUCUUUGCAUUUGAGUAUGUUGGGGAAAUAUAUCAUAAUCCAGCAAAGAAGGUGAAUGGAAUAGAUCCAGGAGGUGGUGGUGCCAGUGGUCAGCAGACACCUUUGUUUGAAACUUACUCUGAUUGGGAUAGAGAAAUCAAAAGGACAGGUGCAUCAGAGUGGAGAGUUUGUUCAGUCAAUGAAGGUUAUAUGAUAUCUACUUGCCUUCCAGAAUAUUUUGUGGUUCCAUCUUCUUUAGCAGAUCAAGACCUUAAGCUAUACUCCUACUCUUUUAUUGGGAGACGAAUGCCAUUAUGGUCCUGGAAUCAUCCUAACGGGAGUGCCCUUGUUAGGAUGGCCAACAUUAAAGAUGUUUUGCAACAAAGAAGAAUUGAUCAAAGGAUUUGUAAUGCGAUAACUCGAAGCCAUCCCCUGAGAAGUGACGUUUAUAAAUCUGAUCUGGACAAGAGUCUCCCCAACAUCCAGGAAAUCCAGGCUGCACAUGUCAAACUCAAACAGCUGUGUGUUAAUGAGCCUUUUGAAGAAACUGAAGAGAAGUGGCUAUCCUCACUGGAAAAUACUCACUGGUUAGAGUACAUUAGAUCCUUUCUUAAACAUUCUGCUGAGCUUGUAUAUAUGAUGGAGUGCAAGCAUGUUUCUGUAGUUCUACAAGAGGAAGAGGGCCGGGACCUGAGCUGUCUUGCUGCUUCGCUCAUUCAAGUCAUGCUGGAUCCCUAUUUUCGAACAAUUGUUGGAUUUCAAAGCCUAAUACAGAAGGAAUGGGUCAUGGCAGGAUAUCAGUUUUUAGAUAGGUGUAACCACUUAAAGAGAUCUGACAAAGAGUCUCCUUUGUUCUUGAUGUUUCUUGACUGUGUUUGGCAGCUGCUAGAACAAUACCCAGCAGCCUUCGAGUUUUCCGAAAUUUACUUGACUGUACUGUACGACAGCGCACGUGUAUCACUGUUUGGCACUUUCCUCUUCAACUGUCCUCAUCAGCGAGUAAAGGAAAGCACUGAGUUUGCCAUAAGCAAAAAUAUUCAGCUGGGUGAUGAGAAAGGCCUCAGAUUUCCUUGUGUUUGGGACUGGUCUCUUCAGUUUACAAACAGGGAUCGCCUGCUCUUCCACAACCCUCUGUACAUUGGAAAGAGUGCACCUUGUGUACAGAAUGGAGCCGUGAAGACUUUUAAACGCUCAAAGAAAAACUACAGCUCCACAUUGCGAGGUGCACCCCCAGCAUUAAAGAAUGGCAUCAUCAGUGAGCAAGAGUUCCUUCCAAGAAGAAAUUCUCUGAUACUAAAACUGAAACCGGACUUUCUCCAGCACACAGAGAGUCCGACUGGCAGUAUGGAACAGUACUUCAGAGACUGGUUUGCAAAGCCUGUUGAUUUGCACGGCGUGAUCCUACCCCGUGUCUCUGGAACACAAAUAAAACUGUGGAAACUGUGCUACUUCCGCUGGGUUCCUGAGGCCCAGAUUAAUCGUGGUGGCUCCAUCACUGCUUUCCAUAAAGUGUCUUUGCUGGCAGAUGAGGUAGACAUGUUAAACCGGAAUCUUCGGCAGUACAAAAGCAACUCUUCUUUGCACAGCAGCUGCUUGGAACUGGAUCAAAGCAGGAUGUACUUCAGAGCAAAUAGUUUAAAUGACACCUCUGGGGCCCCAGACUUUCUCUCCUCCUCAUUCCCAUUUUCUCCUGUAGGGAACCUCUGCAGACGGAGCAUUCUGGGAACACCUUUAAGCAAAUUUUUAAGUGGUGCCAAAAUCUGGCUAUCCACUGAGACGCUUGCAAAUGAAGACUGAGAUGUUGUGAUGGUUUAAAGGUGUAGGGAAAAUAGAGCCUAUCACUUUGUCUUUUCUAAGUUAACACUGCUAAAUGCGGCAUUGAAAGCUGUAAUAAUUUUUAUAUACAAACAUUACGUAAGUUUUGCACAGAUAUUUAAAAGCAAAGCAGUCAUGCUUCAGAUCGCACAUGUUUGUCUUCAGUAGUUCUCACCUGCUAGGGCUGCUGGUCCUGAAUUCCUUCUGUGGUUUUGUGGUUUGGCUCAUUCUAAGCGGUGGAGCGCUUCAUUAGCUAACAGAAGGGCUUGAUGUGGUCAUGCAUGAGGGUUCUGCUCAACAGAUCUUUCUUCCCAGAUAGUGACUGAUGUGACUGCAGUGUCAACAGCUCGGCAGGUCAGAGAGUUCAGUGCAGGGGACACAGACUGACAGCUGAAACCUGGGAACAGACUAUUUUAUCAGAUUGCCUCUUCACGAAGAACACUUCCAUGUGGACAUACAUACAUACAUACAUACCCACUAACAUUCUGUGGCUUGGCUACCCUACAUAGGUGUUAAUGCAGUGGGUAUCCAGGGGUUAUGUACUCCCUUUUCUUUCUCUCCCCAAAAUGUAUUCAUUAACAAUUACUCAGAUUUGUGGUCUUUCUCAUGAGCUUGACUUUAGAUUAUAGGAAUCAACUUCAGGGCGAUGCACUGUUAACCUUAAAACAUUUACUGUAGAUCUGGUAUUGUAGUAGUUUUAGAAGUGCCUUUAAUUGGGAGGAGACAGCAGCAAGGUUACUCUAAUGCAGCUGAUGACUCUCCCCCCCAACUUUUUACAGUGGGUUGAUAAGGUAAGUUUUUGUUCCAUCCCCCACUUUCCCCUACCCUUUUCUGGAAAUAACAGAAAGGCAGCUUCUUCAGCAGGUUUUUCCUCUUAAAGGUUAAGCUCUUUUUUUAUAUAAGCACCUCCGAUACUGAACAUUAAAUCCCUGCCGACCCUCUCCUCAUUUUGUGGUAGGACGGAGUUGCUUUCAGCAGAAUUCAUACUGAAACCCUGUUGGGUUCCAGGAAGGAGGACAGGCUCCAAGUGGAGCUGUUGUCACUUGUAAGCAGGUGCUGGUGAAGAGUGGUUGGUGGUGCCUUCUUUUUGCAUACAUGCAUGUCCAUAUGGCCAACGCAAUGGGCAAACACUGUUCGAGGGAAUUAAGUAAGUCCAACAGCCUCCUCUUUGCUCUAAAACCUUUUAAAUGAUACCUUUCCCCUGGAUGCGAUGCCAGAAAAACCCCUCAAGUUUCAUAGGGAGAAAAGCAAGAGUGUAAAGUAUGCUGGGGAGUGGUGGACCAGCAGUGCUGUAUUUUGUGUUACCUGAUUUCUGUGUAAAGCACAAAUGCUAUUGAACCAACACUGAGCUUCCAUUCAGGUGUUGACUCACAAGUUAAGGCACUGAAGGCCUUACAUGAUAGACUAGAAGCUAUUCUCAGCUAUCAGGGGGAAACAGAGAGGCUGUAUGAUGAUAAUACACAGUAUGUUAGAGUUAAAAAAAAGGCUCUUCCUUUGUAAACCCAGACUGGUCUGCAGUGCAGCCUGAACUGCAGUGUGGGUUUUGGACGGCUAAGAUUGCUCAAGUAUUUAUUUUAGAGGAUGUGCAUCUGGAGUGGCCACAGAGGUGCAAGCUUUGUGCUAGAGAAGCCCAGUGCCUGCAGGACCCUGCUUCCCUGGGGCUAAAAGCAACCUGCCCUGCAGAGCUGCAAGGGCACCAGGUUUGGCAGCGGGUGAACGGCAGGUUCGUGGGGAAGGGGAGGGAGCAACUUCCUUUUUAACCAACCAACCCCCCAAAAUUCUUCUCUAUGCAAAGCAGCUGUGUGUGCACAUCUGCAUGUGGACACACACACAUAUAUGUUACAACAUAAUGCCACGUUGCUUCUGAUCAACUGUUUGCGAGGAAAAACCAUGUAUUUGCCUCAAUUGCCUAAAUAUGCUGCAAGAUGGUCUGAGCAUGUAAAAUGGUCCACAAACCAGUUGUUCAUUUACAAGCUUGCUGGAGCAGUCACCUACUUGUUCAAGUCAUCAUUGAACUGUUGGUAUUAGUUUGCUUUUGUGAUUUACACACACACACACACCCCCCGCCCCCCCCCUAUUAGCUUACUGCUUUCCCUGGCCUGAUACUUGACAUAAAAGACCUCAAUGUGUGUGCUCAGUGUCUUUUGGUACCAGUUUUUUCUUUUUAAAAUCACAGUUAAAAAUAUGGACUCUUUUUCUUCUCCCCCUCCCCCCCCUUCCUUAAAACUUCUUUGGUUUAAAGGUACCAAAACUGUGUAAAUAAACUACUCCUCACAAGCAGCUGGUGGAAUAUAAAAAUAAAAUGAAUGUUCAUAGGCUAGUACCCUUUGGGGGAAAUGGGUACUCUAUUGAAACAGGACUGUCUUUUGUAAGAGAUUUCAGACAUUUUUUGCAUUUCAGUUCUAAGAUGUGUACAGAUGCUGCAGAUGGUCUGUGUAUUUUAUAUAUAGAGUAUGGGAGGGGGAUAAAAAUAAUAUGCCUUUAUAAUAAACAAAACCUGUCUAAAUAUCAAUUUACCAAAUAAUAGACUUAUAAAGAAAUUUUACACAGUUCAAAAACAGAGGAGUUUGAGGAGCAGAGGCCAUGAUGGCCACAAGCUGGGGGGGACAGGGAGGAUGGGGAGCUGUCUGCCUUGCUUUGGGAAUGGGCACCAGAUCCUGCUUCCCAGAGUCUGAGCCACUGCCCGUGCCUGUGUGUGUGCUCCUCCUCUGAAGUUAAACAGCUUGACUUCUUUGAAUUUACUUACUGAAAGACAGGUACUAGACGUUAAUUCUCCAAUCUGCACAGUUGCCUUAUCAAUAGUCACUAGGGACUGCUCUGAACCGAUCUGUGAUAACUUUCAAAAGCAAUUCUGGUGUGUGAGUAUGUAUCUUUAACUUCCCUGUACAGAGUACUGACACACAAAUGUAUAUAUAUAUAUGUGUGUAUAUAUGUACACGUGUUCAAAUUGUAAUUUUUGUUCACCAUUUAAUGCUACAUACUGUUAAUGCCAUCCUGGUGUUGCAAGAGUAGAACAACUACUAAGAAGCUUCUCUUUUUUGUCUGUGUGUCGAAAACGUGCACUAUUUUGGCUGUUACUGGCUGUUCUAUCAUGACCUUUGUACUACACUGUAAACCACGUGGGGGGAUACAGAACACUGAUUAAAGUGUCCCUCCAGUGUCAUUAAUUACUGCAAGAUAGAGCUAAUUGUAGACUGCAUUGUCAUGGUAGUGCAGCUUUUUUUCACCAUGUUCUGCCAUGCAUCAGAGACACUGCUUUCAUUCCAGAAAUGCAUUGCGAAUUGUGUGUUGGUGUGUGUAUGUAUGCCCAGGCCUGCACGUGUGUUCACUGUGCGCUGCCUGCAAUACCACUCUGAUAUCAAAUGCCUUGUAUCUUUAAUGAAAAUGUAGCAAGUGGGGCAAAGGUUUUGGUAACUCUCAGAUGGAAAGACAUUAAGACCAAAAAAUUUCUAACAUUUAAGCAAAGGACAAAAAUCUUCAAUUUGCCUCUAACAUAAGAGACAGAAAUCUGUACCUCAGCUCGCUCUAGGCAGUAGGUUCCUAAUGCUGUUGCUGUGAUGGUUUAGAGUUCACUAUUUCAACUGAAAACUAAAACCUUUGUGCCUGAUAAUGAUUUAUUGAGUAAAGUAGCAGUGCCAGGAAGAUUAUAAAAUCCUGAUGCUGACUUGUGAAUGUGAAUUAAAUUAGACUAAAUAAAAGUUCAUACCUUUCCACA